AUGCGGACAUUCAAGACUCUCGCCUUUGGCGCUGCCCUUGCUGCCGUCGCCUCAGCUUCAGACGUCGAAAUCCUCACCAAGAAUUCCUUCCCCGAUUUUGUCGCAGACAAUGACUUGGUUCUAGCAGAAUCCAUGGUGGUGAGUUUGCCCCCAAGCCACCUGUUCAGUUACAGAUUACUAAUAUUCAAUAGCGGACACUGCAAAGCUCUUGCCCCCGAGUACGAGGAAGCCGCCACCACAUUAAAGGAGAAAAACAUCAAGCUCGCGAAGAUUGAUUGCACAGAAGAGGCCGACCUCUGCCAGAGCUAUGGUGUUGAAGGUUACCCAACCUUGAAGGUCUUCCGUGGCCCAGAGAACAUAACCCCAUACGCAGGUCAAAGAAAAGCACCAGCGAUUGUCUCGUACAUGACUAAGCAAUCCCUCCCUGCCGUUUCUGUCCUAUCCAAGGACACCCUGGAAGACUUCAAGACACAAGAUAAGGUUGUUUUGGUUGCAUACUUCGAGCCUACCGACAAGGAGUCAAAUAAGACAUUUUCUGAGGUUGCCGAGAAGCUCCGUGACAAUUAUCUCUUCGGUGCUAGCAGCGACGCUGCGUUGGCCAAGUCCGAGGAAGUCACCUUCCCAUCAGUCGUUCUCUACAAGUCAUUUGAUGAGGGCAAGAGCAUUUUCACCAAGACUUUCGACGCAGAAGCUAUCGAGCAAUUCGCCAAGACUGCCUCCAUCCCCUUGAUUGGCGAGGUUGGCCCUGAGACUUACGCUGGAUACAUGGCCACUGGCAUCCCAUUGGCUUAUAUUUUCGCCGAAACCGAGGAGGAGCGUAGUACCCUCUCUGCUCUCCUGAAGACCGUUGCUGAGAAGCACCGUGGAGCCAUCAGCUUUGCUACCAUCGAUGCUAAGUCGUUCGGUGCUCACGCUGGCAACUUGAACCUCAAGGCCGAUAAAUUCCCCGCCUUCGCCAUCCAAGACACCGUUAGCAACAAGAAGUACCCGUACGAUCAGGAGGCUGAGAUCACCGAGGCAGCAAUUGCUAAGUUCGUAGACCAAUAUGCUGCCGGCAAGAUCGAGCCAAGCAUCAAGUCUGAGCCAAUCCCAGAGAAGCAGGAAGGCCCUGUCCAAAUCAUUGUUGCCAAGAACUACGAUGACAUUGUCUUGGAUAACACCAAGGAUGUAUUGGUUGAGUUUUAUGCACCAUGGUGUGGACAUUGCAAGGCUCUUGCUCCCAAGUAUGAUAUCCUCGCUGGCCUAUAUGUUGAUGCUGGUCUCGCCGAUAAGGUUACCAUUGCCAAAGUUGACGCCACCGCCAACGAUGUUCCAGAUGAGAUCCAAGGAUUCCCAACCCUCAAGCUCUACAAGGCUGGUGACAAGAAGAACCCAGUGACAUACAGCGGAAGCCGUAGCAUUGAGGAUCUGAUCAAGUUCAUCAAGGAGGACGGCAAGCAUGCGGCUGAGGUUACCUACGAUGAGAGCGCCGAGGCCCAGAAGCCAAUUGUCGAGUCAAUGGCUGAGCAAGCUGCGGCUGCUACCGAGGCUGCGAAGAGUGCUGGUGAAGAGGCUACGGAGGCUGUCAAGAGCGCGGCCAGUGAAGCUUCUUCGGCAGCUGCUGGUGAGGAGACUCAUGACGAGCUUUAG